AUGCCAUCUCCUCCGUCGCAAGAGCUGGCCAAGCGACCUGCUGGCCAGCUCAUGCUCCCUCCUCCCCCACCGAAGCGAAUCAAACGACCUGCAACCGUCCUGGAGGAAGAUGUCUACGCUAGCACCUUGUCGCACGUCAUCGCCCGCGACUUUUUUCCUGGAUUACUCGAAACACAAUCUAAGCAGGAGUAUUUGGAUGCAAUCGAGUCUAAAGACAAAGCUUGGAUUGCAAGCUCAAAGAAGAAGCUGGCAGAUGUCAUGCGCACACCUACGCCAGGAUCAAACGCUCGACGAAAAGUGAACGCAACACAGACACCUCAUUUUGGACGACCUGAAGACACCCCCCAUGCUACCCCUCACGGCUGGGGAGGCGAUACGCCGAUGUCAGUGAUAUCAAAUAACACUACAGCAACAACGGAAACCCCAAGCGCACCUGAUGUAUCGAACAUGGGUCUUCUCGGCUUUCAAUCAAAGUACACAAGCGACGACAACGAAUCCUUCUACAAAGUCGUUGACAAGCAAAACGAGAAAAAGCGAGAAAAAUACCCCUGGCUCUGGAAUGAGAACAAAUUACCUUCUGCUCGCCAAAUCGCCCAUAGCAAACAAGAAACAAAACGCAUCACUGCCGCAGGCGGCAACCCGGAGACCAGCUUGAUCCCGAUCAAAACAGAUCUUGAUGCUCGCCCAGCAAGACCUGACGCAUGGAAAUCCAGACCCGAUAAUACCCUAAUGUUCCUCCCAUCAUCAGUGGAAGACACCCACGAGACCCACAGCCAGAGAGCAGAACGCACCUCCCGCGCCGCUCCCAAGCGAGUCCUCUACCAAAACACAAGACUACCAGAUCCUGAAGCUGUAGCUGCAGCAAACGCCAUUCCCCCAUCUCCCUCUAUCUCAGCAAUUCAAGACGCAAUUGCCGGCCGGCCGCGCCUCGACGAAUCAGAGGUAUACACGGGAAGCGAAACACCCCGUGUCAACGGCUACGCAUUCGUCGACGAGGAUGAGCCCGAGCGCGAGGAUCCCAAAGACGACGAAAUCGACUGGCGUCUCCUUGGCUCGGUGUCAUCAGAGCGUAAUCCCUUCCAGCUGGCUGAGGCGGGAAAGCGCGAAGCCCUUCAUCAUCGAAUGGUUGAUCGCGUUGCCAGAAAUAAGCGAGUUGAAAAAGCUGCCCAGGCCAAGACGCCUGUUUCUUCGCCAUUUGGAAAGGGAAGCGCUACUCCUAAGAUGCUUACGCCUGCGGCACAAAAGCUUUUGAACAGGGUUGGGACACCGAGGGCGAAGUCGAGCGUCAUCAGGACGCCUAGGAAAUGA